CACGUCGACCGUAUCUGAUUAAAUCAAUGUAAGUACGUCGUGCAGCCAGCAGCAACUGCAUCAGUAGACAGACCAUCUCUCUCUCUCUCUCUCUCUCUCUCUCUCUCUCUCUCUCUCUCUCUCUCUCUCUCUCUCUCUCUCUCUCUCUCUCACACACACAGAGACACACACCGUGCGCUGAGGCGUGCACCACCAUCAUGGCCGCGAAUGGAUGUGAAGCAACCGUGAGGGGGUCUGCCGAUGCCUGUCCCGCCGACCGCGAUGGCGUCACGGUUUGUGGCAGGAGCGAAGAGAGGGGUUCAUCCUGCUGGGUUCGCGGCAGCGUUCUCGGGCAAGGGUCAUUUGGGCGGGUGCAUCACGCGCUUGACAAGCGGUUGUGCACGGUGUUUGCCGUGAAGACCGUAGCCAUUCCGCCGGAGGCUGUUUGCGAUCCCUCGGCAUGUGCGCCUAUGGCCGAGCUUCGUGCACUGGAGAAUGAGAUCUCCAUUCUAAAGCGGCUGGGUCCGUCUCCUCACGUGGUGCGCUACCUUGGGGAUGACUGGACACGUGGCCAGGACGGGUCAACGGAGCGUAACCUGUUCCUAGAGCUGGCGAACGGGGGCAGCCUGGCUGACUUCUCGAAACGCUUCGGCGGACAGCUGGACGAGUCCAUGAUCGGGCGAUGUUGCCGAGGGAUAUUGCGCGGAUUGCAGCACGCGCACUCCCGAGGAGUGGUGCAUCGGGACGUGAAAGGUCAGAACGUUUUGGUGAUGGUCGACGAGGACGGUGGGGUAACCGCCAAGCUGUCUGACUUCGGGGCUUCAUGUUGCGUCUGCGGGGAGCCUGGUGAUGACGUCGACAGUCAAUCGCAGGAUCCGUCCACUCAGAUUGUCUCUGAAUCGAAGGAGGAUGGCGGAGCAUGGCCAGGACGUCCCGUACGCCUCGCAGGAACCGUKCAGUGGAUGGCUCCCGAGRUAGCYAGCCAGAGCGACACGCUAGAAGGGKCUGCGGACAUUUGGUCGUUAGGAUGCACCGUGAUCGAGAUGGCCACCGGCAGAGCGCCGUGGWCGGAUGUGGAGGACASSAUGUCAACGCUGUUUCGCAUUGCGUGCACCAACGAAGUCCCUGCUUUCCCCCCGCAUYUGUCAUCAGAGGCCAAAGACUUUCUCUCCAAGUGCCUGGUCCGAGAGCCGUCCCGCAGGUGGUCUGCUUCCCAGCUCCUUGAGCACCCGUUCCUASCCGACGCCAGGCACGAAGCAGUCGAUUCUGUGCGCCGCGGGAGAAGSUCYGCAAACCUGGUGGCGAGAAACUCCCAUCCCGUUGGUUUCCCGGCGCGUGCGACUCAAUUCCCGGCGGACGGGUUGGUGUCUUCAACUUUGGGUAGCGAAAAGGAAACUGUUAUGGGAGAUGCCGUCAAGGAGGCGGGUGAGUUAUGUUGGGGAAGGGAGAGGUUGACGUGCACCUCGAGUUUGCUGAAGGCUCCCGAACAAGAAGUCUCUCCUCGACUUGUAUUUGAUCUUCCAACGUCCUUCGGCUCGGAGUUAUCGUUGGAUGCUGUAAAUUGCCCUGCGUUAGCUCCGGGUUCGUUUCGUCAGGGCAACGAAGCCAGGUCACCGGAUGCCCCCGAUUGCUUGGGAUGGGAAUGCGCUCUUGGAAUCGACAAGCGAUGUGGGAUGGUAGGGGUAACAUUGUUGCAGCCGAUUGAGUGCCAGGACCACGAAGCGGCUGUCGAGGGACACCUUCGGCGGCCUUGCGACCCCACGACGGCAGGGGCGGCCGUGGAGGAUGGGUCCUCCCCACGUCACUUGCUGGUACGUUUGUCGUCGAGAAGGCAAAUGUUGCGAGACGCUUUUAAUCACUCAGGCGCUCGCAAUGAGGAGGCAGCAGCAACGGACAAGGCGGAGGGUAGGCUGUGUCUGCCAGCAAACGGUGGGUGGUCAUCACGGGCUCCAUGCGGAGACUGGAUUCAGAUGUUCCGCGGCAGGAGAGAACAGGGGUGUAGAGUAGCUAGUCCGGCCGUCUGCCGGUGAGUGGCGAUGGAGAUAAAAGCGUUUGGCAAAA